AUGUCUUUUCUUAAAGCGACUCUUAUUGUGGCUGCGCUGUCACCUGCAGUCGCCGCACUUGCAUUUGAUGGCGCCGUUGGGUUCGGCUCUAUAGCCACCGGCGGCAGUGGAGGAACCACCGUCACAGUGACGACCCUGGCGGAUUCAGGAACAGGCUCCUUCCGGGAGGCCGUGAGCAAAUCGAACCGAAUCAUCGAGUUCAGCGUCAGUGGCUACAUCGAGCUCGAGUCGGCCAUCUCCUUGUCCAGCGACCUGACCAUCAACGGACAAACAGCGCCGGGCAAUGGAAUCGGGAUCAUGGGCGCCGAAGUGUCCGCAAGCGACAAGAGCAACAUUAUCAUUCGAAACCUGCGGAUGCGACAGGGCACCCUCGAUUCCGACACGGGCCACAGCGCGUUCAACAUGGGCGAUGCCUCGAACGUCAUCCUGGACCAUUGCUCCAUCGAGUACGGCCAAUGGGACUCGAUUGAUGCCGUUGGCGCCGUCAACAUCACCGUUUCCAACUCGAUCAUCGCUGUGCCAAUUGGACAACAGUUCGGCGCGCAUGUCGAGACGGGCCCGUCGACGUUCUACCGCAACCUUUGGGUCAGCGCGCAUAACCGGCAGCCCUUGUCCAAGGAUGACACGCAGUAUAUUAACAACGUCGUUUACAAUUAUCAGGCGGCGUAUACAUCUGCGAACACGGGCGGGUACUUCUCGCAUGACAUCAUCGGCAAUUAUUUCAUUACGGGUCCGAGUACGACGACGGCGAAAAACGCGUUCUAUCAGAUGAACGCCAAGCAGAGCGUCUAUGCGUCAGGGAACUAUCUAGAUGACAAUGAGGACGGCGAGCUGAAUGGUAGUUCCUACAACUCUGUGGGCUCUGCAACGGUGCUGUCGGAGCCCUGGGCAUCGGACUCGUCUAGCCUGGCUACUCUCUCGGCGGAGGAGGCGGUCGCGUAUGUCCUGAGUAAUGCGGGCGCGACUCCUCGAGACGAACUAGAUACCUAUGUUGUUGGUCUAGUUGAGUCAUAUGGAACCAAGGGGGCGUUGUAUAAGAGCCAGGAUGAUACAGGUGUCUCCAAUGGCGGCUAUGGGACUCUUUGA